AUGUUCGUACCCUUCAGUUCCUCGCCGAUAACAUCACCUAAGCCGCUGAAGCCGCACUGCACCCUCAAGCAGUCGGCGUCAUGCGUCACCAUCAACACAUACACUCUCUUCGAGACCCCCGCUUCUCCCACACUUGCUCUAAGCAGCAACAAGUCGCCGAAGACCCCAUCGCGCGCAGUUGAGAUAUUGCGCGACAAAUGGGGCGAUCUGAGCAACUUCAAGUCGAGUCCACAUUCUGACCGUGAAUCUUCUCCUUUUAGCAAUGCCCGCACGAGGGGUCAGUUCAAGCCUUCGCAGCGAGCUGGGAAGGGCAAUACCGCCUUUCAGUUGAAGCAGUUUGCAGAGGCGACGUUGGGGACUGGGAGUCUGCGCAAGGUUGUCAAGCUGCCUGAGGGCGAAGAUCUGAAUGAGUGGCUUGCUGUCAAUGUUGUCGACUUCUACAACCAGAUCAACCUGCUCUAUGGCUCCAUCACAGAAUUCUGCUCGCCGCAGUCGUGCCCCGAGAUGAAGGCCACCGACGAAUUCGAAUACCUCUGGCAAGAUGCCGCAACCGGCUACCCGAAACCCACCAAGAUGCCUGCGCCUGAAUACAUCGAGCACCUCAUGACAUGGGUCCAAUCCAAUAUCGACAACGAAGCCACCUUCCCAUCGCGCAUCGGUGUUCCCUUUCCCAAGCACUUUCCUCAGAGCGUCCGCAACAUCUUCAAGCGCCUUUACCGAGUCUAUGCGCACAUCUACUGCCAUCACUACCCAGUGAUCGUGCACCUCGGACUGGAGCCACACCUGAACACGAGUUUCAAACACUAUGUGCUGUUCAUCGACGAGCAUGGGCUGGAGAAAGGUGGUGGGAAGGACUACUAUGGUCCGUUGGGGGACUUGGUGGAUAGUAUGUUGAAGAGCGAAUGA